AUGGAUACUUUAACAAUUCCUGCAGAGUACACACUUACCUUCAUUGCAGAAAGAGAGGCAGCAGCAGCAGGCAUACUGUGCUACGUGGGAGCCUAUGUGUUCAUCACAUAUGAUGACUAUGAUCACUUUUUUGAAGACGUCUACACACUAAUUCCGGCAGUUAUUAUCAUAGCAGUGGGAACACUUCUGUUUAUUAUUGGACUUAUUGGGUGUUGUGCCACAAUUCGAGAAAGUCGCUGUGGACUUGCUACAUUUGUGAUCAUCCUGCUUGUGGUUUUUAUCACUGAGGUUGUGGUGGUGGUUCUUGGAUACAUCUACAGAGCAAAGGUGGAAGAUGAAGUUGAUCACAGCAUUCGGAAAGUGUACAAUGGAUAUAACGGAACAAAUCCUGAUGCAGCCAGUCGUGCUAUUGACUAUGUACAGAGGCAGCUGCGCUGCUGCGGGAUCCAUAACUACUCAGACUGGGAAAAUACUGUCUGGUUCAAACAAACUAAAAACAACAGUGUGCCGCUCAGCUGUUGCAAAGCAGCCCUCAGCAAUUGUACUGGCAGCUUAACCCACCCGAUGGACCUUUAUUCUGAGGGGUGUGAGGCUCUAGUUGUAAAGAAGCUUCAAGAUAUCAUGAUGUAUGUCAUCUGGGCAGCACUAGCCUUUGCUGCUAUUCAGCUUCUGGGCAUGUUGUGUGCCUGUAUAGUGCUAUGUAGGAGGAGUCGGGAUCCUGCCUAUGAGCUUCUCAUCACGGGUGGAACCUAUGCCUAGAAGAGAAUGUGAACCUGCAGUUCAAUCUUACCUCCCUUUCGUGCAAGGUGAAUGGGCCAGGUCUACUGCGAUAGCUUUCUUGCCCUAAGCUUAGUCAAAGCACACCUUUAACAGAGAACUGUCCUGUACACUGGUGAUGGGCAAAACAUCUCAGCUUUACAUGCCCCUAUAUAAUUACCUGUGACUCUCACUGUUUUAGCCAUGGAUCUAAAUGUUUUAGUAUAUUAGUAAACUAUAAUUUCAGAAACACUUGCAAGGUGAGUGUAAUUUGGUUGAUAUCAAAGUCAAAGGAUAUGUGCCUACUUUGGUUAGAUGAACGUUGAGCAUUAACUGGCUGAUUCUUGCAUAUAGAGAGGAUGUUUUAAACUUUCACUACAUAAAACUUUUUUUGGCCAAAGUUGUACUAAGGAAGCCAGCUGUAUUUAAUUGAGAAAAAUAUUUUAAUCUUGCCCCUCACCAGUGUCACUUUUAAAAAACUCCUUAAGUGAAGUCCAGUACACUUUAUAUAUAUAAAAUUGUAAAAAAGACUAAAAUUUUAGGAUCAUUUGACCUGCAGUUUUGACCUUCAGAGGUGUGAAAUCUUUUCAAACUUUAGUGGUUUAAAAUACAAGCUGGCUUUUCAGGAGUAUAAUGUAUGCACUACUGUUCUAUAAUUAAAUAUUAAAAAGAGCGGUUUUAUGUGUUGAGUGAACUGUUAGAUUGUAGAUCUUAAAUUGGUUUGGAAACAAUGUAGCCAUGUAGAGUAGCAAAGUAGUAUGUGAAAGUGAUCUCAACUGUAAAUAGUAAACCUGAUUAAAUAAAUCUCUAUAUCCUCC